CAGAACACCUUCCUCUCCAUCCUCCUCCUCCUCCUCGUGAAGAAGACGACAUGCUGCCCGGCUCCUCUCUCCUCCUCCUCCUCCUCCUCGGCUCCUCCGCCUGCUUCGAGCUGCUGCCGGAGGAGGCCGCUCCCCGCCGGGCUCGGUUCUCCUCCAACAGCCCGACUGAUGUGGCCAGAUGUUUGAACGGCGCUGUGGCCGUGGGCUGCGGCUUCUUCUCUUGUCUGGAGAACUCGACCUGUGACACUGACGGGAUGCACGAGAUCUGUGAGCUGUUCCUGCACACGGCCGCGACCUUCAACACAGAGGGUAAAACCUUCGUGAAGAGGAGUCUCCAGUGCAUCUCUCAGGGAAUCUCCUCCAAGAUUUUCCAGACGAUCCGUCGCUGCAACAUCUUCCAGAUGAUGAUCGCCGAGGUGCAGGAGGAGUGUUACAGCAGCCUGGACAUCUGCACCGUGGCCCGGACAAACCCUGAAGCCAUCGGAGAGGUGGUGCAGGUGCCGACUCACUUCCCCAACAGGUACUACAGCACCCUGCUGCAGAGCCUGCAGGCCUGCGACGAGCCCACCGUGGCGGCCGUGCGCUCCGGCCUCAUCGCCCGUCUCGGCCCCGACAUGGAGACGUUCCUGCAGCUCGUCCAGAACAAGCCGUGCGCCGCCGCGUCGGGCAGCGCCGCCGCCUACAGCAACCCGUCCAGCUGGAGGAACAUGCCCGUGUUCAACGUCCAGCCCAGCUUCAGGGGCCGGGACCCCACCCACCUGUUCGCCAGGAGGUCCGUGGACGACGGCGAGAAGUAGACAACGAGACGAUGUCACACGCUCACCUGCAGCCCUGAUUCACUUCACAGCCCAGAGCUUUAGAUGAUGAUUUUAAAUAAUAAUAAUUAUUAUUACAUGUGUUAUUAUUAAUAUUUGGAUUGAUUUAAAGACAUUUUUAAAAAGAAGAGGAAGAGGAAGAGGAGGAAGAGGAGGAAGAGGGCGGUCACACUGAGAACGACUGAUAUUUAUUUUCUUAAACGAGUUUAAUUUAUGAAGUUAUAUUUAAUGUAGUGUGAGGGGGAGGAGUCUGUGGAGGUCAGGAGGUCAGGAGACGUGUCCACGCUGGUCGUGGAGCUCGGUCUCGGUCCGACUCCUCCACGUGGUCCUGGUCUGACGUCACGUGAGUCCACGUGUGAAGGUUCCUCUGGUCGUGAUGCUGGAAAUAAAUCAUGUGAUAAGAUUC